AUGGGAAAGAACGGUUCGAGAGACUGGACGCAGAUCUACGCGAUAUACGGGGUCGACGACUGGCAGACGCCGGCGUUCCUCCUCCUCCACGCCGUCGUAUUCUCCGCCCUCUCCCUCCUCUUCCUCCUCUACUUCGAGCCCAUCUGCAUCUUCCUGCACCACUUCCUACCGGGCCCCGCCUCGGCCAGAUUCGCCGCGGGAUUCACGGGUUCGGUCACGGCCCUCUCCGCCGUCUGCCUCUUCUUCGCGGCGGCCAACUUCCUCUACUCCGCCGUAUCUCUCCACUGGGAAAUGUCGCAGCGCAUAGUCUCCGCCGUCCCCGACUGGUCCGCCGUCCGUCACGCACUCGACCUCGGCUGCGGCGGCCGUGGGAUCCUCCUCAACGCCGUGGCCAUGCAGCUCAAGAAGUCGGGGUCAUCCGGCAGGGUCGUGGGCCUCAGCCCGGCCCGCACGCGAGGCGGGUCCGUCAGCCCGAACCACACCCUGAGGACCGCCGGCCUGGAGGGCGUCCAGGAGUAUGUCACUUGCAGGCCAGGGGACCCUCGAACGCUGCCGUUCAGCGACAGGUACUUCGACGUGGUGGUGUCGGCGGUGUUUGUGCACAGGGUGGGGAAGGAGUUGGGGGUCCGGUCGGCGGGGGCGGCGGCGGAGAGGAUGAGGGUGCUGGGGGAGUUGGUGCGGGUGCUGAAGCCCGGCGGGGUGGGGGUUGUGUGGGACGUGGUGCACGCGCCGGAGUACGUGCAGAGGCUGAACGAGCUGAGGAUGGAGGAUAUAAGGGUGUCGGAGAGGGUGACCGCCUUUAUGGCCGCCAGCCACAUCGUCUCCUUCCGGAAGCCAUCUCACCUACUCACUGCCCCUGGGGAGGUCAGACUCGACUGGAGAUUCAACAGUCUUUCUUGA